UCCUGGAUGAAAACAAUCAAAACAUCACAAUCUGUGUACCUGAAUUUAGUCAAGGCCUGCACAGAGAUGAAAACCUGGUUACUGGCCUGGGUACUACCAUUUUGUUUGGCUGCAUUUUAUAUUCUUGUUUGACCUCAACAACACGUGCAAGCUCAGAGGCGCUGAGGGGAAUAUAUGCAGCACCUGAAACUGAAGUAGCUCGUUGCUGCUUUUGCUGCUUGCCUGACGGAGACGGUGAUGCUGAAGAGCACACUGAAAAAAGAGUAGGCCAGACUGUGAUUUACGAUGAGAAGAAAGGCACAGUGUACAGCUAUGCCUACUUCCACUUCGUUUUCUUCUUGGCUUCACUCUAUGUGAUGAUGACUGUAACUCAUUGGUUCCAUUACGAAAGCGCUCAGAUGGAAAAAUUCUUCACCGGAAGCUGGUCCAUCUUCUGGGUUAAGAUGAUCUCCUGUUGGUUUUGCGUCUGUCUGUACUUAUGGACUCUUAUUGCUCCACUCUGUUGCCCAACCAGAGAGUUCUUAGUGUGAACCCUCAGAAGGUCCUUAAAUGUUUUUCUCUUUUCUUUUUUGUCUCCCCCAUUACAAAUAA